GGGCGAGCCACUAGCGGACUACGCUGUUGUUCUGGGCUGCGAUGGCCGCUGCAGCAGGAAAAUUGUGCUUCUGGCACGCGAUGAUGACGUUGCUGCUGAAGCUUUGGUAUUUCCAUUUCCUGAUUUUGGCGCCCAAGGAUCCGGUGGCUACUGGGCGUGAUGGUGGCUGCGAUGCCUCCCGCUGCCACUUGUUAGCUCACUAUCUCCGUUUUCCCAGUAGCAAUAGUAACAAGCCUCUCUCUCUCUCUCUCUCUCUCUCUCCCUGUCAGAUUUUACGGGCGUCCUUUUGGUGGCGGAGGGCUGUCUUGCCGCCCACCGCCCCCAAAUGAACAAGCAGCCCUCUUUUCAUGCGCGUGCCCUCGUAUUCCUUAGCGUGCUACCACUAUACAUUGCUGCACAUCGGCUGCUAGCUUAUGGUAGUUACGGUACAUAGCCGCAACUCGUGUUGGCAGCCCAGCCUUCUAGUAAACCGGUCAAGGCUGCCUGCCUGUUGUCUUGGCUUACGAAGUCGCUGAGAUGCUGCCAGCACGGCACUGAAUAUCUUGGCGCACCACUGCUACGGUACUAGGGCAAAGUUUGUGUGUACGGCAGUUUGGAAUACAAGAAAACACUGUAUGUUUGAACGUUUGGAGUGCGCCGAACUUCCGAGCCCGCCACCGCCCCGGCCUUGGCUGAUGUGAUGCGAUGGCGAUCCUCUCCUGCGAUUUUUUUGAGCUGUCCCCCUUGUAUAGUUCGUAUUGUAAUACAGGGACUAAACACCGCUAUGAAUCAAUAGGGCGGGCCCGUUUGCAACUACUGGAAAUUUAAAGGGCGACCAGGCGUAAACAGAGAAGGAAACCAAUCUUUGUCUUCUCAUCAUCACCAUCAUCACCAUGAAAUUCUUCGUCGCCACCGCCCUCUUGGCCUCGACUGCCAUUGCAGCUCCAAGCUGCCCUGCGCCAACAUCAUCACCAUCUCCCAAGCUCCCUGCUGAGCUAGGCACGCCUCGCUGGGGCACGACGCUAGCCAGCGCAACCCCUCUUCACUACCAGAAGCUCUCUGCCGACCACCGCAGCCUGCUUGUCACAAUGGACGGCUUUGAGCAGCGCGCAAAGUGCGACGACAAGAGCAACAACCAUAACCACGCGACGCUGGUCGUGUACAAUGGCGAGCUGCAUCUCUACUCGCUGGGCGUCAGACAGCAGAUUUACAUUGAAAAUGACGAUUCGGGCCAUGGUCUGCGCCGUGUGGGCUUUGAUACGGGAUACAUCCCCACGGGUGUCCAGCUUGACGGAUGGUCGCUGGACGAGGAUACCUUGCUGCAUAACUCGGCGGGUAUCUUGGUUGCGUGUGCAGAUGAUCCCAAGACGGCGACGGCAUGGACUGUCUAUGUUCAGUCCAACAGUGGCGGUCCUAUUGCGGCUCAGGGAACUUGCUACGGCUUCACGCCGAGGAUGACGCAGUAUGCUAACCCUGUUUCGUGCCGUUAUGAGUAGGCGAUGUGGCAAAUGAACACAUGUAUAAUAGUAGUUGCGUUUAUAUGACUGUUACGAAAUAGAUAUUAAUAAUAAUAGUAUAUACGAGGGACAUCUAAAUACUAUAACCGAUCGCCAUUUGUUCGCGUGUACAUAUGUGUGUAGAAAUAUGUGUUGUAUUCUGUUUAUGCCUCGUUGUCGACAUCUUCCUGGACGAGGGCAUCGCCGAGUCGCGGGUUACGAAGGGCCAUGGCAAAGCCCACCAUGGGCAAACAUAUAGCGAGGCCAGCGGCGCAAAGAAGACCUUGUACGUAGCCGUAGCUCUGAAUAAUGGCGCUGCGAAUGUCGGUGCCCACUGGGUAUCCGGCUACUGUCCUAAAAGGGUCGUCGUACAUGGAUUUGGCCAGCGUCGAAUUGUCCUGGAACGCCAAGUUGUGCUGCAGAGACGAGUAGAGCGUUUGCGUCCACACAGCGCCGCUUACAGCUGUUCCCAUGGCGCUUCCGACGUUGAAAAAAGAUAGAUACAAGCCCGUUAGAAUGGCGACGUGGUCGCGCGAUGCUGAAGCCUGGAUCGAUGCCUGUGUCGGAUACGCAAAGAAUCCGCUUGCUAGACCAAGUAGAACUUGUGCACUAAUAACACCGGCGCGGGAAUCAUCGCCAGCGCCGCCUGGGUUGAGGAUGAGUAGCACAAAAGCAAUGACAAACCCAAUGGUGCCGAUGACAAUGAUGUACUUGAGGCGGCGGGUGCGGUACACAACAAGUCCAACUAGCACGCCGCUAAUGACGCCAAAGAAGGAAAAGAAAGACAGAAUGCGCGUGGCAGACUGGAUGCUGAAAUCGAAUGCCACGACAAGCACCGUGUAGAGAUAUGUGCCCUGAAUGUACCAGGCGACAUUGAGCAGACUCCGAACCGCAAGGGCUGCCCAGACGCCACGGUCAGCGAGAAGAUGGAACGGCACCAGUGGUGUUUUGGCGUAGUUCUUUUCCCAAAUAAUAAAUGUAAUAAAUCCUCCGACUCCCAGCGCCAAGAGGAUGAUAAUGACGGGGUUCUGCCAGUGUGAUGUGGUGCCGCCUGCAAUUGUCAGCGGUGCCAGAACAAGACUAAACGAGGCGACCAAGAUAAAUAGGCCGAAAAUAUCCAACUGGUCAAACACAUCUGCUGCCCAAGCCUGCCAGGCUUGAAAGAAUGGCAACUUCUUUGCGACUUCUGGGGCCUUAUCUGCUGGGAUACUGCGCUCGACUUUGUACAAGAUGAUGAGCAACGGUGCUGUAGCAAUAGGAUAUAUAAUGCACCACAUGCCGAUGCCCCAGCGCCAAGUAGCCACGCUGAGAACCGCUGAAGUAACAGUUCCACUCAACCAUGCGUUGAUAACAAAUGGCAGUGCUGGGAUAUAGCUAAAGAAGACGCGGGCUCGCAUGGAUGAAAAGUCGGCAAUCAGCACCUCGAGGAGCAGCACAAUAGCCGUAUAGCCAAUCUGGUAGAUGAUGCCGCCUAGGCAAAACACCCAAACGGUGCUGGCUGUGCUUUCUAUGGCCAUGCCGCCAACAUAAAAGCAUGUUGCAACGAAAAUAACCUCAAAUCGGCCGGCGACGUCUGCAAUCUUGGCACAAGUCGGCUGCACUGCAACUGCAACCACGCUGCGAAGCACGUUGAUGGUUGCCAGAUAUGAGUGAAGCGAAAACGACGCUGUAGCGUUAGGUUGGUAUGCCGAGCGGACUUGUGCUUCGAGGCCAUAGGCAAAUCCGGCAAUAAAUAUCGACAAAAAGAGCCCGAUACGCUGGUUCGAAGUCAUAGCAGCGGACACUCGGUCCAUUCGGGCCACACCGGCGGCUCUAGAACGCGUAACAUGGUGGAUAGAGGGGGAUUUCGGGUUCGUUUCGGUGUCGGUGUCGGUGUUGGUGGCAGCCAGUAGCGGCCGUGACUCUGCCGAAGCCAUGGCUACACUACGCUAUUAUUGUAUAAAGUCGAUAUAUGGUGUAGGUUGGUUGCUAAGGUGUCGAAGCCCGGGUGUUGGCUCGUUAUGUAGCAGAAAAAGUAAGAAACUGCAGGCCCCUGUGCUGGCCAACGCACCCUGCUGGCAGGGUAGCGUGAUUAACCGGCGAAAAAUAAGUGUCCGGGCGCCUGGCGUGAGAACCAGGAUCAGAUAAGAUGGGUCCGCCGAGGCCGGGGGAUCUGAUAAGAUGGGGUCUGUCACAAGUCCAGUUGCAGCAGAAAACUGCAACAGAAAAAAAAUAGGCUCCGCAGUGGAUGCAAAACUCUGACGUGAGCUCGAAUUUAAAAAACGGAAAAAAAGAAAACAGUCGAAGAGAGGCUGUGACGGGCGCAGUUUUUUGUCUUGUAGUAUCUAGCCUCACCUCACACUCAGCUCGUGACUGGACCUUGUACGUAACACGCGGCGAGAGUCACACUCUAUGCGCCAAGCUGUUAAUUAACAGGCACCGACCGGGCUGCCUGCGUGACAAAAGAGGCGCCGGUUUGUUUGUCCUGCGCUUUUUUCGGAAGGCCGAGGGCUGCGUG